AUUGACAGAAAAGCAGUGUUAGUGUCAUGAUUUUGUAUCACGUCUUCUUGCUGAUCUUUCUUACGUUUGCUAGAGGAGACACUAUGACUGAUUUCGUCUCACCAUCUAAAUGUGAAGUUUGCAAGUUUCUUGUAACAGAAAUUCUGUCUCGUCUUCAAGAAACCAAAUCAAGUGAUACUCUGAAUGUGAGAUCUGUCCAAGGGGAUUCAAAGAAGGUUAAAUAUGAAACAUCGUUGGUCUUUACUUUGCUUUACUUUAUCACUUAUUAGAGAACUCAGACUUUAUGAAGUUCUGGAAGAUCCUCCUAUUUGCAACAGGUUACUUCAGUACAAAGUUCAUAAAGAGCGUCAAGACAGUAGCAGAUUUGACAAAGGUACACCUCAGACAAUGAAGUCCCUUACGGAACUGGUGAACCGUGGCGUUGAUGUGAAGCUGGAUGUCCCUUUUGAGCUGUGGGAUAAACCGCCUGCAGAAGUCACAGCCUUAUUCAAGGAGUGUAUCCCACUUGUUAAUGAAUACCAAGACAUUAUAGAAGAAUGGUUUUACAACAAUCAAGAUGUAAAUCUUUAUGAUUACCUUUGUCGUGAAAAUGUUCUAGACAAAUCUUCUCAAGGAUGCUUGGAUGAAAAAUCUCCAAAUCAACCAAAACAUUCUCCAGAAUCACACCAGUCGGAUGAGUUAUAGUUUAUAUACAACACAUUGGCGUCUCUCUUGACCAGUUAUUAUUGGUUCUACAUUUAGAUUGAUAGGGUUUUUGCACGUGUAACUGCAUUUCAAGUGAACCUUUUCUACCGACCAAUAAUUGUAUCGUAUAUUCCUUUUUUAACUAAAUGUUGGACAUUUCUAAUCAGUUUGUUAUUACGUUUACCUCACUUUCAUUUGAUUGGAAUGAUGUUUUGGUCAAAAUCUGAGUUAUUAUGUAUUUAAAAUCCUUUCGGAUUUUACAUUUGUCUGAAGAUAUUAUUUAAAUAAUUUAUUCGGAUAUAGCCCCUAACAUGUUAGUUUGAGAUAUUCAUAAAUAAACAAAGAUCAUCAACAUAGAACCUGGCACAAUAAUGCGUUCCCCCCAAGUUGCCAUGCUAUAUUAGUACGAUGAGAUGAAAAUAAAGGAGAUCAACAUAAUUUACCAGCAAUAAUAAAAAAUGACCACAAUUUAUAAAUAUGGUUAGAAAAGUAUGUAUGAAGCGAUAAUGGGAUUAAUGAUCGAAUGGAAGAUAGAGUAAAUGUAUCUGCAAAAUUGUGACCGGUUGUAGGACAUCCAACCAAUGAUCACAGUUGUCAUGCGGACUUUAAUCAGGUAUUCGGUAUAUACCACUAUGGCUCAGACUAGUAAUCAAUGACUUCAUGGAUUGGUAUCACGUUUUGGUUUGACUGCUUCUAGUCUUCCAACAUACCGCACUAGUAAGCAUCAUCCAUCAAGAUAAGUAGAGGUUAGACUUAUAUAACAUAUGACCCAACCACUUUAGUGAGUGGACCACGCCAACCGAUUUGUCACUUUCCCCACAUACUCUAAGCUUAACGUCGAUAUUACUCACUCCAUCAUUCAAUGAAACGUGAGUACUCCUUUGAAAGACUCGUUCAAUCAAAACUCUACAGCCUGAGCAUGUUUUCUAUAUUAAUAGACACGGCUAUAAAGUGGAUCUGGACGGAUAGCUGCACAAGAUACACGCUCUUUGGUCACCAGACAGACAUCUCAUCCACAACACGGCGCAAAUUAAGAAACCCCAGCCGCACUUUUUAAAUCCGUGCCGAGAUUUUAUUGCACAUCAAUCCACCAGAAUUGAUGAAACUUCUAUUAUAAGUAAAUUAAUCGAUACACUCAACUACUUCACUGCCUAUCACUAAUUGAGUCCUUGACCCACACCAGUCCUGAAGUAACAUUUUACAUUUAAGAGAGAGAAACCCAUCACGAACAUGCUAGCCGCUGCUGAAAGCGAUCAGAAGACUGGAUGUUGUCAGCGUUUUCAACUAGAACUGUCAUAUGCGUACUCUAAGUUGAUAAAUGGACAUCGUAUGAGGAAAUAGACUCCUAAAAAGUUAGGUGGAGGAAGUUUUAUUUUGAAGAAGACGUCUGUAAUUGAGUCAAAUAAAUUUACUAAGAGACGUUUAAGAAUAGAAUGUACUUUACUUGUGCAUACCCAGGUUUUUCAAUAAUCGAUGCAUAAAUUUCCGUGAGUCAAUGAUUUCUUGCUAUAAGAAAUCUCAUUACUUUUCAAAAAAACUAUUAACCCCCCCUCCGCCGUUGUACUAACAAGGAUGGGGGAUCUCACUCUCCACAGUUGAAAUCACGGGUCAAUUUGAGCGAGAUCACCACUAAAAACCUGGAAGUACCGAACGUCGGUUUCGUCCCAGUAUGAAACUCAUCAGCAGUGCUCACCCACGGUCCCUCGCGCUUAAUUCGAACCUAAAACUUUUGUUUUGGUGUGCGAUCGCUAAGCUGGCAUCCAACGAUGUUAAUUUCUAACCAGUCAAUCCAUAAUCUUGUAUAACCAUUCAUCAGCUGCCUGAGAUGAAUAACUGUCUCACACCCGACAUGGAUUGGACUCCACUAGUCAUGGCUUCUUCCUAGAACUCCUGGAGUUACACCUUGAAUCCAGUCACUAGUUAUUUCACUCUCCCUCUCGAGAUGCAGCCAUACGUCUACGGUCUAGGAUCGUGAUUGCAUUAAUAAACGUUCAUCGACUAUUAUGAAACCAUAUUUGACGUUUCCUCAUUAAUUAGUGGAUUAAACCCCUGGAUCUAAAGCUCAGGAAAUAUCCUCUCAAGGAAAAUACGUGCUUCGUUUUAGACGUCCGCGCAAUAUCCCAGCUCACAAAAAUGAUGCUAACCAUCGAAGAGAUUGUUUCCGCUUCGUUUUCACCGUAUUCGCUUCCAUCUGGUUACAUGUAGAUUUUGUUUUACACUACAUCAUUCUUUUAUUAUUGUGUGUACUUUUACCCUUCAACUCAGCAUUUCGUCUAUAUUAAAAACGUCUAUUUAAGUUAUCUGAAGUUGCUGAAUAGUCGAUUUUAUGAACGCCCCACAGAAUACGAAAUCUAAUAUGGCUUGUUUGAACUGGCCUCUAACAUUCGCACACUGAUUCAGAUUAGAUAGCCAAGAAGUCUAACUAUAUCUUCGAAAAGUAUUAAUACGGAUGUACGCUGUAUUUAUGCGAUUUCCAUUCAAAACUACAGAUGAACUGCAAUUUAGUUCUCCGUUUGUACAAAUAAGUUAAAUAUUAUUUUUGCAAUGAUAGAUCUGAUUUGUCAGCAAUAGUGUUUAGUCAGUUAGUUAGCUACAACGUAGGAUCAGGCAUAUAUAUGCAUCGGUCCAAGUUGCCAUACCUCAUUAACACAACAGGAUAAAUACCGGAUUCAUAAAAGUAAUUAAUUCAGAGGUGGUAUUAUAUAAAAGAAAGAUUGCAAUAAGGAUAUAGUACAGAGAGAGAGAAUUAGUUAGUAGAAAGAAAGGCAUAAAGUAAUUUCAGUCUCUCGGUUUAAGGGAAGACAGAGAGUGUAUACACCUACGCCAUUAUGAUCGAUUCUGAGCCAUGUCACCAGGAGUCUCCAACCAUUGGUUACGAUAGUCACGCGGAACCCAACCAAGUAGUCUGCAUCUACCAAUAUGGCUCAGACUACAAGCUAGUGAAUUUAGGGACUAAUGCCACGUUUUGGUUUGGCCGCCCUCUUAACUUUCUUCCAACCAUCUCCAACACCGGUUAGCAUUGCACGUCGUGGUAAUCGGUAUUCGGGCAUAUGUAACACGUGGCUCAACCAUCUCAGUCGAUGAAGAUUCACAACUUCAACUGAUUUACCAUCAAUCCCUAAUACCCUGCGUCCAACUUCACUAUUACUUACCCGGUGAUCCCAGUAGAUGCGAGCAAUAUUUCCAAGGCAUCUGUGAUCAAAUACUAGUAGCUUACGACUAUCUUCCACUCUUAAUGGCCAUGUUUCGCUGCUGUAAAUUAAAACAGAACGAACUAAUGCACAGUAUACUCAUCAUUUUAUUGAUAAACGGAUAUCUCGCCUUCACCAUAGAUGACGUAAUUUGGCAAAAUCCAAACGAGCUUUUGGAAUCCGAGCUGAUAUUUCGUCCGAUACCAACCCAUUAGGACUGAUCAGACUUCCAAGAUAAGUGAAGUUGUCAACGCGUUCGACUACUUCACUCCCUAUCGUUAGUUCAGGUGUUGACGCAGACCAGUCCUGAAGCAGCAACUUGAAUUUAGAGGGAGAGAAGCGCAUUACAAACAUUUUGGCAUUGUUGCUUUAUGCUACCAAAAGACUAUUUUAUCAGCAUCCUCAUCAAACAGUAAGUAGCAGUUUAACUGACUUUUAAGGACUAGUUCUUCAAACUUCAAUGGUAUUUUGAAAAUCAUUCUUCAAGAAAGUAGUGAAGAUCCAUAACUUAAUAUCAGUUUAGUCUUUUGACUAAAUAAGCGCGUUAGGCCUACCUUUCAUAUAAAAAGUGAUGUAUUGGUUUCCUAUAUACAUGGAAGGGAUUAUCUCGUCGUGAGAGAGAUGCAUGGGUCUUGGACUGGUUAUUGUAUUUCUGAAUAAUACGAAAGCGACAUAGGAUUUGUAUCCAUCGAUGCGUACUGGUCCAAAUGAGCAAAUCUGGUGUUGGCAUGACUAGCAAAAAAUAACGAUGUGUGUGUUCCCCACCAGUAAUGAAACACUCGGAGAAAUUAAUGGAAUCGAGAUGAGUGGUUUACACAAUGUGAUGAUUAGGAUGAAACGUAGUCACAUCCGUACCAGGAGCGUCUACCUGUACGGUUAACCUGGGAUAGGAUUUUUUAUCCAAUUUAUCACAAUGUGUAAUGAAUUCAUUAUCUGAUACCAUGGGUUUAGCUGACCGGUCUAAGCCUGUUCUUAUAUCAAUCAACAAGACAUCUGGGUGUGGCUUAUUACAGAUAGCACACUAACUGCCCUAAAUGAUACAUUUUCUGAACUUUAUGUUUUCAAAACGUGAAUGAAGAUGGUUGCAGCAUAUAAGUCUUCAACUUUUGCGGGGAAUUCCUCAGCAACAAGACUCUCUGAUCAGUCAUUUCAAGAACUAAAACUUGCCGACUUUCAGAAAAUCGCAUCAAUUACUGCCUCACGACACCUGUUUUAGGCUUCAGUUUGAUAGCCUAUUUCUAUGCUGGUAGUUUGUGUAAGAAUCUUCUGAUCUGAUAGCUAUUAAUAGUGUUAGGUAUUAAUUUUUUGUUUGGGCGCAGUAAUUUUGCAUGUCAUAUUUACUAUAUUUAGGGAUUUAGCCAUCUCCGGUGAGCCACUGACAGAUUGGGCAUCCUAAGUCCAUGUGUAGCUACACCGAGAAAUAUAAUUCUUGGAUAACGCUCACCAUCUAUGAAUAACGAUAAGAUUUGUGCUUGAUAACUGUCAAUUAUAUGAACAUGUCUUUUUGAUUAUUUUAAAAUAACGACCCAUCAUUUUAAUCUCUCGCUGUGGUUUCUCGGCACUAAUUUGCAUUGGCCUAGACUGCCAUACUAUAUCAGCAAGACGAGGUGAAAUCAACAUAAUGGAUAACAAAGGAGUCGAAAUAAUUUUAGUACUUAUGACGAAGAAAAAGACCAAACAUUGAUUUGAUAUGGCAUUUGAGUUUGCAUGUAAACUCCCGCGCUCAUAAUUGAAGCCGAUAGGAAUGUUUCUAACUAUCUUUUAAUUAAGUGACAGCUCCCCAAACCAACGGACGUUUUUUAAACCUUUAGUUUAAGUUGCUAACAUAUUUUACUGCUGUUUGGAGAUCGUGCCACCCUACCUCGGCAUGCACUUUCGCUGCGUGGGCAACUAUGUGCUUGGUCUUUGUGGUUAAGAUGAGAUGUCUGGACCGUUUGGAUUUUGGUUAUAAAGAAACUGGAGACUGUCCAGAGCGUACAUUCCUACCCUUCAGUUUCCAUUUAAUCAGAAAAAAUUCAGUCUGUUAUUAUUUUUCUUUUAAACCGAGUAGUAUACACAUUUAUGGAACUACAAGUCGUCAAGUGAAAUAAACGAACUCUUAGGAAGAAGUUAUCUACUUAACGGCAAAAGUAUUAUGAAAGCUCAGACUGAUCGGUGUAAAACAGCUCGUUCACAUAGCAGCUGGACUAAGUAUACCUUAUGAUUAGGAAAUGUCGUGCAUAGACUACGAGAAGGGUGGCGGUGAUUGGAAGCAUUCAAUAACCUUUCAAUCUAUUAUUGGUGUAUUUCAGAGUAAUAAACGCAACUAGAUAAUAAAGAUAAUGAGGAAAGCAAGACAAUACAGUAUUAUAUUAUAUUGAGAGUUAGCUCGACGAUAAUAUCCCUUUAUAAUAUGAAGCUAUUGAUACUGAGUUAUAGUGUUACAUUUCAAUAUACAAUGAAAAUUUUUCCCAGCCACGCUAAGAAUAAAAAUCAGAAAAUGUCUGUUGAUAAAAUAGAGUGAAAUGUUCUUCACUUAACAACUUGAGGAACAAAACCUAUACACAGAAAAGUUGGUUUCAGUAUAGAGAAGUUGAUU